UGAAUUUUAAAAAUAUUAUGAGCAUCCUACACUUAAAUUAUUAAUGCUAUUUGAAAUUAGUGAAAUAUUCUACUUUUCUUUCGAACUGUGAAAAUAUUCCACGAUGACGAAAGGUACGUCAAGUUUUGGUAAACGUCGCAACAAGACUCACACAUUGUGUAGGAGAUGUGGCCGAUCAUCCUAUCAUAUUCAGAAGUCUCAAUGUGCCCAGUGUGGAUACCCAUCUGCAAAAUUGCGUUCUUAUAACUGGUCAAUCAAAGCUAAGAGGAGGAAGACCACUGGAACCGGCCGACUCCGUCAUUUGAAAAUUGUACGUCGUCGCUUCCGUAAUGGAUUCCGUGAAGGCCCAAAACCUGUAAAGAAAUAAACAUAAUUAAAGACUUUUGUUAUCAAUAAAAAUCUAAAAUAAUUUUA